CUCGCCCCACAACUCUCCCCACCCCUUGCGCUCUCCGCGGGGCUCUCUCCUCCCGUCCUUCCCUCCCGCUCCAUCCGGGUCGCUGACGGCUGUCUGUGGACUGGACAGCGGUGGCGGCUGCUUUUCUCUAAGGAACCUAGUAAAGUUUCACAGGAGCCGGGGAGGGGAGCAGCGGAGCAGCAGCACCGACGCCGGAGAACCCCUGGUGAUCGCCGCCACUGGCUGAAGGAGAAGGGUCCAGGAACUGGAGACCUGCCUCAGCUGCGGCGUUGCCUCGCUCUCUGGGGAGGCGCCGCCCCCUAUCGCCUGGGUUUCCCUUGCCUUUGAGGGACCGGGUGAGACGUUGCCCCGGUCCGAUUGGUAUGAAUAAUUGGAAGAGUCAUUUAAAUUGUGGGAAGUUUGAAGUUUCCAUUAUUGGUUUUAUUUCCAUUACAUAUAGGACUCCAGUUUCUGUUAAUGUGGAGAUAUAGGGAUACCUCCAACUUCCCAGUGGUUCAGAAGGGAGUUUUUUGUUGAAACUGGAAGACCAAAAGAAUUACAAAUAUGUUGUGCUGGGGAAAUGCAUCUUUUGGACAGCUAGGUUUGGGUGGAAUUGAUGAAGAAAUUGUUUUAGAGCCCAGAAAAAGUGACUUUUUUAUAAAUAAAAAGGUCCGAGAUGUAGGAUGUGGACUCAGGCAUACUGUAUUUGUUCUGGAUGAUGGAACAGUGUAUACAUGUGGAUGUAAUGAUCUGGGACAGCUAGGUCAUGAAAAAUCCAGAAAGAAACCAGAACAGGUUGUUGCCCUGGAUGCUCAAAAUAUUGUAGCUGUUUCAUGUGGAGAAGCUCACACAUUAGCACUAAAUGACAAGGGCCAGGUGUAUGCUUGGGGUCUUGAUUCUGAUGGACAACUUGGCCUGCUAGGAUCAGAGGAAUGUAUCAGAGUACCCAGAAAUAUUAAAAGUUUGUCAGAUAUCCAGAUAGCACAGGUUGCUUGUGGUUACUAUCAUUCACUUGCACUUUCUAAAGCAAGUGAAGUCUUCUGUUGGGGACAGAAUAAAUAUGGCCAGUUGGGUUUAGGCACUGACUGUAAAAGGCAAGCUUCACCACAGUUGAUUAAGUCCUUGCUUGGAAUCCCUUUCAUGCAAGUUGCUGCAGGAGGAGCCCAUAGUUUUGUCCUAACCCUUUCUGGAGCUAUCUUUGGAUGGGGACGCAACAAAUUUGGUCAACUAGGUCUUAAUGAUGAAAAUGAUAGGUACGUUCCUAAUUUACUAAAGUCACUAAGAACACAGAAAAUAGUUUAUAUUUGUUGUGGAGAAGAUCAUACUGCAGCACUGACCAAGGAAGGUGGAGUGUUUACUUUUGGAGCUGGAGGGUAUGGUCAGUUGGGUCACAAUUCUACCAGUCAUGAAAUAAAUCCAAGGAAAGUUUUUGAACUUAUGGGGAGCAUUGUCACUCAGAUUGCUUGUGGAAGGCAGCACACUUCUGCUUUUGUUCCUUCAUCAGGACGAAUUUAUUCUUUUGGACUUGGUGGUAAUGGGCAACUUGGAACUGGUUCAACAAGCAACAGGAAAAGUCCUUUCACUGUGAAGGGAAAUUGGUUCCCAUAUAAUGGGCAAUAUCCGCCAGAUGUUGAUUCUGAGGAAUAUUUCUGUGUAAAAAGAAUUUUCUCAGGUGGAGAUCAAAGCUUUUCACAUUACUCUAGUCCCCAGAACUGUGGGCCACCAGAUGACUUUAGAUGUCCAGAUCCUUCAAAGCAAAUCUGGACUGUGAAUGAAACUCUAAUUCAGAAAUGGCUGAGCUAUCCCCCUGGAAGGUUUCCUGUGGAGAUAGCCAAUGAAAUAGAUGGAACGUUUUCUUCCUCUGGUUGCUUAAAUGGAAGUUUUUUAGCUGUUAGCAAUGAUGAUCACUAUAGAACAGGUACCAGAUUUUCAGGGGUUGAUAUGAAUGCUGCUAGGCUUUUAUUCCACAAACUUAUACAACCUGAUCAUCCUCAGAUAUCUCAGCAGGUGGCAGCUAGUUUGGAAAAGAAUCUUAUUCCUAAACUGACUAGCUCCUUACCUGAUGUUGAAGCAUUGAGGUUUUAUCUUACUCUACCAGAAUGUCCCCUGAUGAGUGAUUCCAAUAAUUUCACAACAAUAGCAAUUCCCUUUGGUACAGCUCUUGUGAACCUCGAAAAGGCACCACUGAAAGUACUUGAAAACUGGUGGUCAGUACUUGAACCUCCACUAUUCCUCAAGAUAGUAGAACUUUUUAAGGAAGUUGUGGUACAUCUUUUGAAACUCUACAAGAUCGGCAUUCCCCCUUCUGAACGAAGAAUUUUCAACAGUUUUCUUCACACUGCAUUAAAGGUUUUAGAAAUAUUACAUAGGGUAAAUGAGAAAUCAGGACAGAUUAUACAGUAUGACAAAUUUUAUAUACAUGAAGUACAAGAAUUGAUAGACAUAAGGAAUGAUUAUAUCAACUGGGUCCAACAGCAAGCCUAUGGAAUGGAUGUCAACCAUGGAUUAACAGAGUUGGCAGAUAUCCCUGUUACAAUCUGUACAUAUCCAUUUGUAUUUGAUGCCCAAGCAAAAACUACUCUUUUACAGACAGAUGCAGUCUUACAGAUGCAGAUGGCUAUUGACCAGGCCCACAGACAGAAUGUCUCCUCUCUUUUUCUCCCAGUGAUUGAAUCUGUGAAUCCCUGCUUAAUUCUAGUGGUGCGUAGAGAAAAUAUUGUAGGAGAUGCGAUGGAAGUUCUUAGGAAAACAAAAAAUAUAGAUUAUAAAAAGCCCCUCAAGGUUAUAUUUGUUGGAGAAGAUGCUGUUGAUGCAGGAGGGGUACGCAAAGAAUUUUUCUUGCUCAUCAUGAGGGAAUUACUGGAUCCUAAAUAUGGCAUGUUUAGGUAUUAUGAAGAUUCCAGGCUCAUUUGGUUUUCUGAUAAGACAUUUGAAGACAGUGAUCUGUUCCACUUGAUUGGUGUUAUCUGUGGAUUAGCAAUUUAUAAUUUUACUAUUGUAGACCUUCAUUUUCCUUUGGCAUUAUAUAAGAAACUGCUGAAAAAGAAGCCAUCCUUGGAUGAUUUGAAAGAACUAGUGCCUGAUGUUGGGAGAAGUAUGCAACAAUUACUGGAUUAUCCCGAAGAUGAUAUAGAGGAAACAUUUUGUCUUAACUUUACGAUCACAGUUGAAAACUUUGGUGCAACAGAAGUGAAAGAGCUGGUUCUAAAUGGUGCAGACACAGCUGUUAACAAACAAAAUCGACAGGAGUUCGUUGAUGCUUAUGUGGAUUACAUAUUCAACAAAUCAGUGGCUUCCUUAUUUGAUGCUUUUCAUGCGGGAUUUCAUAAGGUCUGUGGAGGAAAAGUCCUUCAACUCUUCCAGCCUAAUGAACUACAAGCAAUGGUUAUUGGAAAUACAAAUUAUGAUUGGAAGGAACUGGAAAAGAAUACAGAAUACAAAGGGGAGUAUUGGGCAGAACAUCCUACAAUUAAAAUGUUUUGGGAAGUAUUUCAUGAAUUACCAUUGGAAAAGAAAAAACAAUUUCUGUUAUUUUUAACAGGUAGUGAUCGCAUUCCUAUUCUUGGUAUGAAGAGUCUAAAACUAGUCAUCCAGUCAACAGGAGGUGGUGAGGAAUAUCUCCCAGUUUCCCAUACCUGUUUUAAUCUCCUGGACCUUCCAAAGUACACAGAAAAAGAAACUCUACGAUCUAAACUGAUCCAAGCUAUUGAUCACAAUGAAGGCUUCAGUUUAAUAUAACUUUGGAGUUAACAGCUAUUCCGUUUACUGCAAAAGCAUUAAACUAAUUAUUUGUGUUUUUCUUGUGAUGAAUGCAGCAAGGUGACAGAGGUAUACUAUAAUUCUUACUGGCAAGAUGUUCAGUGCUGAGUUUUCAUAAAGCCAAAAAAUACUAAAGGAAAUUGAACUGUUAAAAUUAAACUUAUUGUACAGAACCAUGUUUUUUUUUUUGUCAUCUGCCAAUAAACAUACAAGUAUUGUGAAUACAUUGAAGUUUUUACUAACAUGAAUUUUAAGAGUUUGCUUAUUUCACAAAUGAUAUGGUAUGUGAGUGCAUGGAAAUGUUGCUUACUUUUCCUUUUUCAAUCACUGGGAAGCCUUUAAAGUUUGGCCUGCAAGUCAUUUAUUUUUCUCAUUUUGUAAAUAGUGUUAAGUUUUGUAAUAAAAUAGUUAUGUUCUGAUACCAGUACAGUUUCUAUGGUUGUAAUUAAGUUGAACUAACAUUUAAGGGUUAAAAAUUAUUUAAAUCUUACUCUAACAGUGGGAACAAAUAUUAUCACAGUGAAAAUAAGUCUCUGCUUUUUAUCUAGACUGAAUGUCCUUGUACAAACCUAUAUUAUAGAUAGAAUUUAUCUAAAUAACAGUCCUCUUUUCUGUCAAUCUUGAGAUUAUAAGUGGUAAAGCUUAAUAUUUAGUAAUAUAAGAACUGUGUUCUACAGUUGCCAGGAAUAGAAACAUUGGCUACUAUUAGAACCAGUCUGAAUUACAGCUAUUGAUUUUAUAGGUUGGUAUUCAGUAAGUUUUCAGUGCUGUAGAAAAAUUCCCUUAGUUAUGUCAUUAAAUUUAAGGGUUAAUGCAGCACAUGUGACUUUCUGCUAGAAUGCAAAUAUU